CACAAGUCGGCUGUUUUUUGCAUUCCUUAAUUUCAUUUUAUUUCUUCAGUUAAUUUCCUUUUAUUUUGCUAGCAAAUUCGUUAUAUGUUACGGACGCAUCUGUGUGCUUUGGCCGUUUUAAAAUAUUAAAUAUUUAACCAAAUCAACCCUGUUUUUUAUUUAUUGCUUUGUUGAUUUUACGUUUCAUUCUGAUAAAGCGAGAUUUCUUUUAAUCUUGCUUUAUUGUUUUGCAUUUGUUGAAAGAGUCUAAUUUGGUUAACGCUAAGGACAUCUAACUUUCAUUAAAGACGACGGCAGCUAACAUGGCAGUCAGACUGUGCGAUGUGGCUUCUCUGCUGAGAAGCGGGUCGUGGGCGGCCGAGCCUUGGACCGGGCAGGUUAUUGCUGCCAUGGAGACCCAGCUGUCCAAUGGACCUACUUGUAACAGUACCACCAACGGUCCCACGACAAUGUCAAACAACUGCUCCUCUCCCAUAGAGUCGGGAAGCAUAGAAGACAGUAAAACUAACUUGAUAGUCAACUAUCUGCCUCAGAACAUGACCCAGGAGGAGCUGAAGAGUUUGUUUGGGAGCAUCGGCGAAAUUGAGUCCUGUAAAUUAGUACGAGACAAAAUAACAGGACAGAGUCUAGGGUACGGAUUUGUGAACUACGUGGAUCCAAAAGACGCAGAGAAGGCCAUCAACACACUGAAUGGCCUGAGACUCCAGACAAAAACCAUUAAGGUCUCGUAUGCCCGCCCAAGCUCGGCCUCCAUCAGAGACGCCAACCUGUACGUGAGCGGGCUGCCCAAGACCAUGACGCAGAAGGAGCUGGAGCAGCUGUUCUCCCAGUACGGACGCAUCAUCACCUCCCGCAUCCUGGUGGAUCAGGUGACCGGUAUCUCCAGAGGGGUGGGGUUCAUCCGGUUCGACCGCAGGAUCGAAGCUGAAGAGGCCAUCAAGGGGCUGAACGGGCAGAAGCCGCCGGGUGCCACCGAGCCAAUCACGGUCAAGUUUGCCAACAACCCGAGCCAGAAGACCAGCCAGGCCCUGCUGUCUCAGCUGUACCAGUCUCCCAACAGACGCUACCCAGGGCCCCUGGCCCAACAGGCCCAGCGGUUCAGGUUGGACAACCUCCUAAACAUGGCCUACGGAGUGAAAAGCAGGUUCUCUCCCAUGGCCAUCGACGGGGUCACCAGUCUGGCGGGCAUCAACAUCCCGGGGCACGCGGGCACCGGCUGGUGCAUCUUCGUCUAUAACCUGGCGCCCGACGCCGACGAGAGCAUCCUGUGGCAGAUGUUCGGCCCGUUCGGCGCGGUGACAAACGUCAAGGUCAUCCGCGACUUCAGCACAAACAAGUGCAAGGGCUUCGGCUUCGUCUCCAUGACGAACUACGACGAGGCGGCCGUGGCCAUCGCCAGCCUCAACGGCUAUCGGCUGGGGGACAGAGUUCUGCAAGUAUCGUUUAAAACCAACAAAACACACAAAGCCUAAUAUCUCCACCGACUAUAGAACAAAAACUUUAUAUAAUACAUAUACAUAUUAGUUCAAAUGUCUUUAAGUCUGUUACAAAGCAAAAUAAUUGAUAUUUAGCAUCUGUGUUUCUCCAAGUUUUUUUUUUUCGUUUUGUUUUUUUAUUACUAGUCUUUGAAACUUCCUAAUAUAUUGCAUUUAAAUAGAGCUACUACAACAAGUUUUGUUUUUUGCUCGUUUCUUAAUAUUUAUUUAUUUAUUUUUACACAGUGUGCUGUACUCUAAUACUCCUUCAAAGAAGAAGGACAUUUUUAAAUGUUGCGGCUAAAGUUUUGUUUGGUUGUGAUUUUGUUACUUACUGGUUCUGCUUUUAAAAUGUCUCGUAAGGCGUUGUAAAGUGCAUUCAUUUGUAUCUUCUCUCAGUGUCUUGAUUUGCUUCGGUGUAUUUGCCUGUAUGUGACUAACAGAAAAUACAUACUUAAAUCGAAGCUCUUUUCUUUACACAUUUUCUGUUUUUUCAUAUAGACAUUUUAUUGUAUUAGUUGGUUUAUUGGUUGGCUACGUAAUGUUGUGUAUUGUAAGAUUAACUGGAGAUGACUUUUCAUAAAGCAGUACCUUGCCAAAGAGCUAAGAACCUCUUUGAUAUGGGUUUAAAGAAGCAUCUAUUUUUAUAUUUAAAAAAAAAAAAAACAGAAGGAAAAAAACAUUUGGAGCAUCUUUUUACUGGACCUGGAACAAAUAUUUUGACUUGGAUACUUUGAGAAAUAUCUUCGUAUUACACCUUGUGAGCUUUUGAACUUUACCAGAAAGUUUGCAGCGGUCAAAAUUUCUGGAGAGCUUUAUGACGCAAGAUACCUUUUGAGAUCUUUGUAUUAUCUUAAGACUAUAUUAAUGGCUGAUGUUGGUUAAUUGGUGUUGGUUUCAUUUGUACAAUCAUAUGUUAGUCGCCCAGUAAUCCUGGGUACUCUUACAUACUGCUUACGUGUGUCUCUUAUUUUAAACAAAUAAUACAGAGUAUGAUUUUUGCAAAAGUGCAUGUGAAUUCUAAAAAGGUAAAAAUGAAGUGAGUUUAAGGGGAAAAUAAAUCGGUUCUUCCUGUAGCAUUCCCUUCUGAUAGAGCUCGGUGUUUAGUGAUGUACUUGCUAUAUUAAAGAUCCAUUUUGCCUGUAUUAAAAAUUUAGGGUUUUUACCUGCUUUUGAAAGAAAGAGCUAGACAAGUCUGCUGAAGCCGCAUCUAGAGAUGAAACAUUGAAAUGAAGAUUUAAUGUGACGUGGGUUAAGGAUUCAUUCUGAGCCAUGUAAAUAAGUCCUUGUUGUGUUGAAUAUGUGACUUUUUUUAUUUUACAUUUCAGUUUUUUGGAAAGUGUUAAGUCAUUCUUGCUUUGUUUUUGUAUCCAAGUAUGAUUUUUACAUUGAGCCCUGUUGUGUGCCAAUUAUUUCUGAAAGUUGUUUACAUUAUGAGUUCAGAUGCUUUAUGUCUUGUUCCAUGGACCUACAUUGUAUUGCAUUUAACUUUUUAGUUUGACGUACAGAUGGUCCAAUUUAAGGUUUUCAUAAUACAUUUUCUGUUUCAUGUAUAAAUUGCAUAGAUAAUAUAUAUGUAUAUGGAUGUAAUCUUCAGUUUUUAAAAAUUUGCUAACAUUUUUCAUAGACGAACCAAAUGCAUACAAUCUGUCUUAAUAUGUAAAAAUAUAUGCAGUAUAUUGAUUCAAUUACAGUGAGGGGAGGUAAUGGAAGGAUGAGCAAAAUAGCGCUUGUUACGCCCCGUACUGAGCAGCGCGCUAUGCGUUAUAUUUACCUUCGCAGCUGCUUUCCUGGUUUAUUUCAGCGAAGGUCUUCUACAAACUUUGGUUACUCGACGUGCGCAGAUGUGAAUGCAUUUUUUCCGUUUUUACUGUCCUCGGGAAGCAUCUCGCUGCUUUGAACAGCGUCUGGAAAGCGUUUCGCUAUCUUCACCGGUCCUUUCUGAGAAAGUUUACCACGGUACUGCCCAGCAAGCACACGUUCAUCACCCCGAUGUCCGCUGGAUGUAACCAAAUUCAUAGUGACGACGUUGUAUCCAGAGCGUUUGCUCACUGGCCCUACGUCGACGUGGCGGCUGUAGAAUGCAUCGGACACUGAUAUCCCAGCGAUUUAAAGCCAGCGAGCAGCCGCGCUAAAUGCUACACAUGCGAUGUACAGUAGGGUCAGUGAGCAAAUGCUGUAAAUAGCAUGUAAUCCCGAUGAAUUUGAUGACUUCGCCGUGUGUUUACUGGGCGAUUACGUGGAGAUUCCGUGUUAAUUGCCCGGGUGUUCAAGCAUCAAACGUGCAGUGUCAACACAAUCCAGCUCAACUUUAUCUCUGAGCUCGAAACGUAAGGUGAAUAUUUACUUGAAGUGGUAUGGUAUGACUCAAUCCGAGGCUGUAGGGAUGGAGCACAUCAUUUUUUUGUUGAAUAUUAAAAAGGAUGUACAUGUUGGUUUAAUUUAUGUUUGAAUACUUUGUAUUUUUUCAUGUUCAGUGCAUCAAUAAACAAUUUGAAGGGAAAA